GGCUGCCAAAGCAGCCAAACCCAAAAAAAAAAAAAGAAAAAAAAAAAAGGAGAAAGCAGAAAAAAACCUUGAUUUUUCUCCCUUCUGCAGAUCCACCAUCGCCACCAUCGCCACCAUCACCUCCGUUCUUUCACCACCAUCACCUCCGUUCUUUCACCUCGGAUCUUCACCAUCCCCUUGCUGAUCUGACUUUGUUUUUUGUUUUGUGUGGGUUUUUUUGGUUUGUUUGUUUAUAUGUUGCUUUGCUUUGUUUGUUUGCUGUUUUUUGCUCUGUACGGUGCAGAUCCGGCGGCCUUCUUUCUCCUCCGGCGGAUCUGUGGCGGCGCGCGCGAGGGCUGCCAGAUCUGACGCCCACCGCGACGCUUCUGUUGAAAGUUGUGGGUGGGUUAUGGGUUUUAUAAAGUGCUUACAUUUUGGGUAGUAUUAUAAUGUUGCUGUUAAUCUGUGGGCCACUAAAAAAGAUAAUGCUUUUUUUUGGCAUUUUUUAUUGAAUAGCAUGGCAAUUGAAUUAUGGGGAAUGUUGUGCUUUUUCCAUGGUGGGACAUUUGGUCCAGGACCACCAAUUGAGUAUAAAGCCGCUCAAUGUACAUCAUUACCCUUUGACUGUGAUAGGUUGAAUGUUGGUGUGAUCAUGGAUGCAAUUGUUAGUUUUGGCUAUGAAGAUGUUAUGAUUAAAAACGUGUAUUACACAACAAUUGGAGGAAGUGGUAGCACAUUGAAGUGUUUGGCUGGUGAUGACAAUAUUAGGGACAUUAUGUGCAUGGUGCAUGUUGAUGGUUGUGUUGAUAUAUAUGUUGAUCAUGAGGUCAAUUUUGCCCAACUUGCUUUUCCAGAAUUAUGUUGGGUUGAUAACAAUGUAGUUGAGGAGGAAGGUAGGCGUGAAGAAAGGGUAGGUGAGGAUGAAGGUGGACAUGAAGAAAGGGUAGGUGAGGGUAUUAAUAGUGAGGUUUGUGAGGGAGCAAAUGAAGGUGAUUUGGGUAACAUAACCCAAGAGUACCCUGUUGGUAGUAAGGCUAAUACUGGGAAUACAUUUGAGAAAGAUGAAUGUAGUAAGGGUAAUAGAGGUAAUUGUGGAGAAUCAGAGUUUGGGUCAACUAAUGGUUAUGUUGAUGAUUGGAGCUCAACAAAUGAUGAAGUAAAACCUCUUUGCAGUAGUGAUAGAGAUGAUGAGGAGUUAAUUAAUGUGAAGAAACAUGCAAGAUCUACUUUUAUAAAGAAGCCAGCCAUUAGAUCUACUCCAGUCUUUAAGGGUAAGAAGGUUGCAUCAUUAGAUCCUAUUGAGUUGAGAAGAUUAAGGAAAGAGAAGGCAAAGCUUGCAAAGAAAAAGUACAAAACACUACCUCAUACAAGGGAAUGUCAAAAGGGAAAGGAUUCAACACCAACUAUACAGAAGAAAAGAGAUCUUGUACAUCCUUCUAAAGGCAUUCCUAUUGAGAAUGAUGUGUUUGAAAGUGACAAUGAUGGCAGAGACAGUCAAUAUGAAAAUAGUGAUGCUGCUAGGAAGUUGAGGGAUUCAUCUAUUAAGUAUGAAGAAGAAAAUUUGUUUUUUGUUUUAGCUGAUGCAACGAGACAAAUGAGAGCUUCUAAUGUGUACUUCAAUCUUUGUUGGGAUGUACGAUUCUUUGAAGUUGGUAUGAGAUUUCAGAAUGCAACACAGUUCAAGGAAGCAAUGAAAAAGUAUUCUAUGAGAAUUAGUUGUCCUUUACUUCAUACAAGGAACAAGCCUAAGAGACAAAGGCAUAAAGGGGAUGAUAUCAAACUGGCCUUUGGGAUAGCUACAAAGGCAUCAUACCAAAUUGAAUUUCUCGAGAAAAUGGAAGAGUUGAGGGGAGUCUCCGAGGAAGCUUAUGCUAAGAUGAUGGAUCUAACAGGAAGGGAAAAAGGGUUGUUUGUAGAGACAUGGCCAAAUGAUAUUGCACCUAGAGUCAUGAAAAAGAUAAAGGAAAAUAUCAUGAGGUCAAUGUAGUGUUAUGUCAAGUGGAAUGGGGACCCUUCAUUUGCUGUGUGUGAUACUACUUCUGAUGUGACACAUGUCAUUGAUUUCAUAACAAAAAAUUGUUCAUGUA